UUCCCCGUCUUAUCACUCCAUAUCAACUCAAAACUCCAACAAAAAAUGGAAGAAACCCGAAUCAGAUUCGGGAUUAUGGGGUGUGCUAACAUAGCCCGCAAGGUAUCGCGGGCUAUAUUACUCACCCCUAACACCACCAUCUCCGCAAUUGGCAGUCGCUCUCUUGAAAAGGCGGUCGUGUUUGCAUCAGAAAACCAUUUCCCGGAAUCUACCAAGGUUUAUGGCAGCUACGACGCCGUAUUGGAUGACCCUGAUGUUGACGCGGUUUAUGUUCCUUUACCGACAAGCCUCCACGUGCGGUGGGCGGUUCUUGCUGCUGAGAAGAAGAAACAUGUUUUGCUGGAGAAACCGGUGGCGCUUAACGUAGGCGAACUAGAUACGAUACUGGCGGCUUGUGAUUCCAAUGGGGUGCAGUUCAUGGAUGCAACCAUGUGGAUGCAUCAUCCACGGACAGUGAAGAUGAAGCAGCUUCUUUUCGAUGAACAAAGAUUUGGACAGCUUAAAUCGGUCCAUAGUACGUUGACAUUCUUAGCAGAGGAAGAUUUUCUGAAGAAUGAUAUUCGUGUAAACCCUAAUCUUGAUUCCCUUGGAGCUCUAGGAGACAUUGGAUGGUAUUGCAUACGUGCCAUCCUAUGGGCUCAUGAUUACGAGCUUCCAAACAUAGUUACCGCAUUUCGUGACCCUGAGUACCACGAAUCAGGAGUUAUCUUAUCAUGUGGUGCAUCUUUAAACUGGAAAACAAAUGGGAAAUUCGCAACUUUUUAUUGUUCAUUCCUCUCGAACUUAUGCAUGGACAUAAUCGCUCUUGGAACCAAAGGGAACUUUCGUGUGCACGACUUUGUUAUACCGUUCAAUGAAAAAGUGGGAUCUUUUUAUGCAGUGGAUAAUUCAAAAUGGGCAGAAAGGGCACUUGGGUGUGCUCCUGAACCGAGUGAGCUUAAGAUAGAAAUUAAUCUGCCACAGGAAGCCUUUAUGGUGCAAGAAUUUGGUCGUUUGGUUGCGGGAGUUCGGAGUAAUGAGGCUAAACCCGAGAAUAAGUGGCGAGUCAUUAGUAGAAAGACUCAACUCGUCAUUGAUGCAGUUGUAGCUUCGAUUAAGAAUGGCUUUGUGCCUGUUGAAGUUGUUUACUAGAUGUCAUUUAUAUGCCUUCAGUUUGGUGUGUUGGUGUAUGUUAUAAAAAAGCUGGUUCACGAAA